CAGAAUUAUAGUUGUAGAUGCAUUUUUUAUGACAGUUAUAAAUUUUUGCUGGUCAAAAAUUUGUAACUCACCGUCGACUCUUCAGCAGCAGUUCUAAAUGAUAUUAUAUAUAUAGAAUUGCGUUUGUGUGCGUGCUUCAGAUUGUCAAUCAGUUCGUGUAAACAAACCAGACGCUGCGAAAAUGUCCGACGAUUGGUAUGAAAGUGUAACGGCAGAGUUCGAAGAUCCCGGGAUAGAAAUGGACUUGUUUCUAGAGAUAAUUGAAGACAACUCUGGAAAGGCUGCGAAUCAGCGUCGAGGAUCACUUCCUGGGCGUCGUAAUAUUGCGCGAAACUUUGUUCUAGGGCAUGAAAUGCUCAUGGACCACUAUUUCUCCCCGCAAUCCGUCUAUCCAGAAAAUUUAUUCGAAAGAAGGUUCCGGAUGCCAAAACGUAUGUUUUUGCGCAUCUUGGAGGACAUCACAGCCGCCAACGACUAUUUUAAGCUGAAGUGCAAUGCUGCUGGAAAGCCUGGGCUGUCCGGUAUCCAAAAGUGCGCAGCAGCCAUCCGUCAACUAGCCUACGGAACUGCUUCCGAUGCUACUGACGAAUAUAUUCAAAUCGGUGAAUCGACAGCCAACGAGGCUAUGAAGGAGUUUUGCCGCACGCUACUCAAACUAUACCGUGAGAUUUUUUUGCGUCCACCGAACCAAAGCCAGAAGGCUGCAUUAGAAGAAGAAAACGCAAGCCGAGGGUUCCCUGGAAUGAUUGGCAGCAUCGACUGCAUGCAUUGGGAGUGGAAGAACUGCCCAGUUGCCCUAAAAGGCCAAUACCAGGGCAAAGAAGGCAAAGCAACGGUUGUACUAGAGGCAGUGGCGAGCUAUAAUUGUCGGAUAUGGUAUUGUAAUUUCGGAGCUGCGGGAAGUUGCAACGACAUUAACAUACUAGACAAUUCACCACUAUUAGAUGAAAUAAUACAUAACGGUAUGUUGGACCUGACGUACGAAGUGAACGGUAAAACGCGUGAAAGGGGAUAUCUUCUAGGAGAUGGAAUUUAUCCCGACUGGUCUUGUUUCGUCAAAACAAUAUCGCAUCCAUCUAACGCGAAGGAGCAGCAUUUUGCAACAGUUCAGGAAUCUGUAAGAAAAGACGUGGAACGGUGUUUCAGUCUUCUGACCAAUACCUGGCAAAUUACAAAGCAGCCGUGUCGUUUGUGGGAUUUGCAAACCAUGAUACUCGUGAUGGAAGCUUGUAUUAUUUUGCACAAUAUGCGCAUUGAAUACAACGAACACGAAGAGGUGGUUUUUCGUCCAAAUUCAAAUGAGCGUGAGCCGAAGACCUUCACACAGUAUUGUGAAAUUCGUGCAAACAUUAAAUGUGCCACAGAAAACGCAGCUCUGAGAAAGGAUCUGAUAGACCACCUAUGGCAUGUACGUGGUGAACAAUAA